AUGGAGGAUACCGACCGAUUGGCGCAUGCCCGUGCGGCAUUGCGAAUCACCGUUCCCACGGAAGACGUGUUAGGCGAGCCGAUUUCUCUUGAAAGGGGCGAAAACGGGCCCAGCUACGACUACAGCCCGCUCGCACAGCUUCCGACGCCAAUAACAAACCAUGGUGCUUUUCAACCUCUCGAGGUAGCAAAGCGAAAUCCGGGCUCUUCACCCUCGACCAACACAAGAGUUGUCUCUGAGUUUCAGCGCCGCCGCCUGGUAUCGCGGGCAGGCAUGCGUCACAUAUCGAACCCGACCCUGAUGCCAGCAAAUGAGCUGUUCCCACUGCCGCCAAUGGAACUGGCGACAGUCCAGUUUGCCGGCCGCGAGUUCGUGGCGCCGCAUCUUGGUCGUACGUACCGCUUUGUACAAGUGGUGGGCAGUGGAGCCUUCAGCACAGUUGUCGCUGCAGAAAAUACGGCACAACAGGGGGACUUAGUUGCAGUGAAAAUUGUAACGGUGCCUACAGACGACACUACAAGUGUACGCAAUUUUCGCCUGUACAUCUGUCGAGAGUUGGGUAUCCUAACCCAUCUCCAACACCCAGGAGUGAUUUCUUUGCUCGAUUAUAGCUUGAGCCUUCUGCUUACAGAAGAGGAAAUCGAAGCGUGUUUCUUUGGCCGCGAAGAACAGCAUGCUGGCGCAGACAUGUACGACUUGUAUUCUACCAAAGUGGCCAACGAACAAUGCUUCUUCUUGCAAUACGCUCCGGGCGGUUCGUUGCUCCUGUGGCUUCUGCAUAACGCCCGUGCCGUGCACAGUAUACAUUUCUGGCGCCUAAUGCGCCGUGUGGUUGCAGAGUUGGUGGUGACCGUCGCAUACUUGCAUUCAAAACUAGUGGUGCACCGUGAUAUUAAACUUGAAAAUGUGUUGUUGACGGCAGACUAUGAUAUUGAAGAAUCAGAAGGUGAACAAUUGGCUGAAGAGAUCUUUAAACUGUCUUCCGUCUGCACGCUCACUGACUUUGGUCUUUCCAAAAAACUCAGUCACGAAGGGCAACUCCUCGCCACCAAAUGCGGUUCUCAGGAUUACGUGAGCCCAGAAUUGCUCAUGGGCUUGAAUUAUGAUGGUGCGCUACUCGAUUCAUGGGCUUUGGGUGUACUCACCUACUGCAUCUUGGAAGACAGACUACCAUUCGAUAUGCCGCCACCAGAGCUUGCAAGUGCCUCAGGGAUGUCGCCAUCAGUAUUGAAGCGUCGCCAGAACAAGAACAACCCAGCUUACCGUAUUGCAACCAUCGAUUGGGACUGGUAUCGUGCGUCUAUUUUACAGAAGGAUAUGUCGCUCUCGGACGAAGCGCAUCAAAUCAUCACGCAGCUUAUGGAGUUGGUGGGAUUGUUGUUGGUGCGUAAGGAACGACGUGUUCUGGCGUCAAACUUCUUGGAUCGAGCGGGCUUUGAGUGGAUCAGAGCGCUGGUACCGUCGUCUUAUCUUGCAUGGCGCGGCUAG